AUACAAUAAUUGAAAAUCGACGAUGCAGGCGAAACGAAAUCGUUUGCGUGGGUACUAUAGUAAGUGGACGCGCGUAGUAUUCUCUCUGACGAACUAGACUGGGCGUGCUUGUAGUUGUCCCGUAGUAAGUGUAGGCAGGUGUGGUGAACGAUACGCGUAGCUAUUCCUUUCGUUUCUUUGACGCGUUAGCUAUUUCUUUCGUUUUUUCGACGCGUUAGGAUGAACCGAUAUAACAGGAAGUAAACGUAGCGAGUCAUAUCGUCGAAAGAUGCAGUCGAUCAGCUCUAAAUUAUACGCGAGAGCGAUCAUCGUCGGGCUCUGCUGCUUGGGCGUUGGCGUUGGACAGUACGAAUGGCAACCCAGAGAUGCCUUCGACGAAAUCCGUUUAAGAAUGGACAAGAUCAAUGAGGACAAUUGCCCGAUUCAACAUCUCGGAGAUCUCUAUUUGCCGGAGGACUCGGUCUCUCAUAUACCGGAUAUCAAAGAUAUCAACAUCAACCCUGUGUUCCCGAAUAGAACCGCUCUGUUGCAUCUUCACAACAUGGCACUUAGCAGGUCGUACUUUUGGAGUUACAUCCUUCAAUCUCGGUUCAUUCGGCCCGCGAUCAACGACACCUACGAUCCGGGGAUGAUGUAUUAUUUCCUGUCAACGGUCGCUGACAUCUCCGCGAACCCGUACAUAAACGCUUCUGCCAUAUACUUUUCCCCGAACAUGUCCUAUUCCCCGUCCUACAGAGGAUUCUUCAACAAGACCAUGCCCAGAUUUGCUCCGCGAACAUUCAGGGCCGACGAUUUUAACGAUCCCAUACAUUUAGAGAGAAUAUCUACGAGAAACACGUUUACGGUGCAAGAUCUCGGCGCAUUCGCUGCUGGCAAUCUGGGCCAGGAUUAUACAACAGAUUUCUAUCGUAUAAACGAAUGGUUUAAAAAGUGGUUACCGGAUAACGUCGACAAGAGACACGAUACCAAAACCACUUAUCAAGUCGAAAUUCGAUAUGCCAACAACACUAAUGAAACAUUUACGUUCCACGGACCACCUGGUGCCGACGAAUAUCCUGGGCCUGUAAAAUGGACCAGGCCAUACUUCGAUUGCGGCAGAUCGAACAGAUGGCUCGUGGCAGCGGUUGUACCUAUCGCAGAUAUUUAUCCAAGACACACGGGAUUCAGACACAUCGAAUACCCAACGUAUACCGCGAUAUCGGUGAUAGAAAUGGAUUUUGAAAGGAUAGAUAUAAAUCAGUGUCCCAAAGGAAAGGGGAACAGCGGUCCGAACAGAUUUGCAAAUACUGCCAGAUGUAAAGAUGAAACUACGGAAUGCGAGCCAUUGCACGGCUGGGGUUUUCGACGAGGAGGGUAUCAAUGCAGAUGUAAACCAGGUUUUAGACUACCAAACGUGGUGCGACGUCCGUAUUUAGGGGAAAUUAUAGAAAGGGCGACUCAGGAACAAUAUUACAAUGGGUUCGACUGCACUAAGAUAGGAUGGAUUCAUAAAAUGCCGGUAGAGUGGAAGCGGGCAAGGCCGGAAGUCAGAGAAAAAUAUUUGGAACGGCACUAUCAUUAUAAAAAUUAUUCCACCGGUCCGAAAUCUAUCAGAUCCGAGAGGAUGAACAUAGAUCAAGCUCUUAAAUUCAUAUUGAGCGUAAAUCCGAAAACUUGCACGAAUUACACGCAAGAGGAGUUAACGUUGCGCGGGGACAUAAGCUUCGGCGCGAAAGAAUUCUUCGAAAACGAAGCAAAGAUGGCAACGAGAUUAGCGAAUUUUAUCAGCGCGUUUUUGCAGAUCUCCGAUCCACACGAAGUCUAUUCGGGCAAACGGGUGGCCGACAGGCCGCUCACCGAAGAUCAAAUGAUCGGAGAAACUCUGGCUCUUGUCCUCGGAGACACAAAAAUAUGGUCCGCCGAAAUGCUUUGGGAUCGUAACAAAUUCACGAAUAGAACGUUCUUCGCACCGUACGCUUACAAAACGCAGUUGAAUACCAGAAAGUUUAAAGUCGAGGACCUAGCCAGACUGAACGACACAGCCGAAGUUUACACGACAAAGAAUUAUUUCCGCUUAUUGAAACAAAGAUGGGCAACUAAUUUCGAUGAACUGGAACAAUUCUUCAUGAAAAUGAAGAUCAGAUUUAACGAAACCGGCGAAUACCUAAAAAAAUAUGAACACUAUCCGAAUUCGUACAGGGCGGCAAACCUGAAUCACGGACACUGGACUACCCCGUACUUUGAUUGCAACGGCAAAGUGAAGAAAUGGGUAAUUACCUAUGCAUCCCCAUUUUUCGGCUGGGACAGCUUGAGAGAGAAACUGGAAUUCAAGGGCGUCGUAGCUGUUACCAUGGAUCUACUGCAGCUUGACAUCAAUCAAUGCGACGAUGUGUUCUACGCCCCAAACGCGUUCAAGGGUACUCACAAGUGUGACAGAAAAACGUCCUACUGCGUGCCUAUCCUCGGGAGAGGCUUCGAGACCGGUGGAUACAAGUGUGAAUGCAGACAGGCCUUCGAAUAUCCUUUCGAGGAUUUGAUCACGUAUUACGAUGGGCAAUUGGUAGAAGCCGAAUUUACUAAUUUAGUUAACGACAAAGAGACCAGGUAUGACAUGUUCAAGUGUCGAUUAGCUGGCGCUUCGACCAUUGAAGUUAAUAAAUUAUUGCUAUUGACCUUUGUGAUCAUGUACUAUUUGAUCAGAAGUUAAUAAGUUCGUCACAGUAAUGACCGACGAAACAUGAGAAUAGAGAUUAUUAAUAGAGACCUAAGAAGAUAGUGCCUUCAACGUUAAAGAAGGGAACCUUUGUAAUACGCAUCACGUUAUAAUCUUUUUGAUGCUCGGCAGCUUUCGCGCUAUGAGCGCGUAACACGUACUGUUCGUUUCGAAGAAUUGUCGAGUUUACAAGUACGCUGAGGCCUUAUCGUCACAGAGCUUAAUGCUGUUUAUAACACUUUUGUAUUUUUAAUACUGCGAACUGUUUUUCGUAUAAGUUAUAACUAUACAAUGUACAGUAAAUUCCGUCCAUUUAUUCAAAUACAA